CGAUGGGAAAAAUACUUGCAGUGGUUUUUAAAUUGUGGAAUCACGGGCGCAAUAGAAGUUGUAAUCACCUUCCCUACUGAGUACGUUAAAACCCAGCUUCAACUAGAUGAACGUAUGGGAACAGCUCGUCGUUUUAAAGGACCUAUCGAUUGCACCAAGCAAACUAUCAAGACUCAUGGUUUUCGUGGUCUUUAUCGAGGAUUGUCGGUUCUCCUCUACGCUGCCAUUCCAAAAUCUGCCGUUCGUAAUUUUUAUGCUUCUUCUCAACAGAAUAAAGUCAUUGGAGCUCAUUACAUUGUCGGUACUGAUCUCACCUCUUAA